AUGGAGCUGUUUGCUGUCAAAUGCGGGGGCUGCUUUGAGGCCAUCGCGCCCAAUGAGUUUGUGAUGCGGGCCCAGAAGAGCGUAUACCACCUGAGCUGCUUCUGCUGUUGUGUCUGCGAGCGGCAGCUCCAGAAGGGCGAUGAGUUUGUCCUGAAGGAGGGGCAGCUGCUCUGCAAAGGGGACUAUGAGAAGGAGAGGGAGCUACUCAGCCUGGUGAGCCCGGCAGCCUCAGACUCAGGCAAAAGUGAUGAUGAAGAAAGUCUUUGCAAGUCAGCCCAUGGGGCAGGGAAAGGAGCCACUGAGGAUGGCAAGGACCAUAAGCGCCCUAAACGUCCCAGAACCAUCUUGACAACCCAACAGAGGAGAGCAUUCAAGGCCUCGUUUGAAGUAUCCUCCAAGCCGUGCAGGAAGGUGAGGGAGACUCUGGCUGCAGAGACAGGGCUGAGCGUCCGUGUCGUUCAGGUGUGGUUCCAGAACCAGAGAGCUAAGAUGAAGAAGCUGGCCCGGCGGCAGCAGCAGCAACAGCAAGAUCAACAGAACACCCAGAGGCUGAGCUCCGCUCAGACAAAUGGUGGCGGGAGCGCUGGGAUGGAAGGGAUCAUGAACCCCUACACCGCUCUGCCCACCCCACAGCAGCUCCUGGCCAUCGAGCAGAGCGUCUACAGCUCAGAUCCCUUCCGACAGGGUCUCACCCCACCCCAGAUGCCUGGAGACCACAUGCACCCCUAUGGUGCUGAGCCCCUUUUCCACGACCUGGACAGUGAUGACACCUCUCUCAGUAACCUGGGUGACUGCUUCCUAGCAACCUCAGAAGCCGGGCCCCUGCAGUCCAGAGUGGGAAACCCCAUUGACCACCUGUAUUCCAUGCAGAAUUCUUACUUCACCUCUUGAGUUCACCCCUCGAGUUCUCCGGCUAGGCUCCCAUUCUGGAACAACCGCGUUACAUGAGGGGUCAGCUGGCUUUAGGAUGGGGAGGCAGGGAAGAGGUGGGUUGGGGAGGGAGUUUUGUCCGGGAUGCUGUUGUAUAAUGAUAUGGUGUAGCUCGGCAUUUCCAAAGACUGAAUACAUUACGGAUUGCAUAGUUUAAUGUUUCUAAUAAGAGUCUUAGUGUUAGGUAUGAAGAUGUGUUUAUCGUUAAGGACAGGGAUUUUAAAUAUAGGCAUUUUCAUGCAAACUAGAUACCUAGAGACCCCUAACAACUUCCCGCCAUUUUUGGGGAAGCUCUUUUCAAGAGGUGCAUACGUCUACCCAUCCACACACCCACAGACAGACAGACAGACAGGUAGAUAGAUGUGUGCGUGAGUGUGUAACCUUUCAUACUUUAUCAUCAAAGUUUAUUCCUAAUUAUAACAGACACCAACUGUACAGCAAAAAGUAACUUUAUUUUCAGUGUGAACUAUAUUUAAGGAAAUGCUUGAUGCACUUAAGUUAUAAAAUGAGAUAAUUUACUUUUAUAAACUUUAUUUUGAGUUUGAAGAGACUUGUAGGCAGGGCAGAGAGCGCUGCUCCACCGAGGCCCCGUAGCUUUGAGUGCUUGCGUUCAUUCUGUUUUCAGAGAGUGUCACUGAGGUCUGGAGAGCAACUCUGUGUGGUUGACAGUAUUCACUGGUGGAUUCUGGACUUGCGCUGUUUGAGGUGGAAUCACUGGGCUUGGGUGGGACAGAACAGUCCCUGAUCAUGUCCUUAGAAAAUGUAAAGCCUAGAUUCUUCGGCUUUCUUUGAAAUUCAGACAUGUGGCUGAUGGGCAGUGCUGGGAAAGUCACUUCUGCUCUUGAACUUCACCAUCUGCAAGUGUGAGACGAGGCUGAUAGUAUAUACCUACCUCACUGGGGACGCUGAGGCUUCAUUCAACCCCAGGACACGUGAGCAGGGCUGAGACUAAUAUCUGAUAUUUGCUUAAAAUACAACCAGACCAGCCACUUGGCAAAGGAGGAUACCUGGGGCUGCAGAGCAGGAACCUGAGGGCAACUCUGCCUGCCACGGUCCCUUCUGCAAAGCCUGCGCUGCAGAUACCAGCUCAGGGCAGCUUGGGGGGAUGCCAGAGGCCUUCGAUGGGAAGGAGGCUGUAACGGAUGGGUUGGACAGGGCAUCAUCAUGUUCUAGACCAGGGGCUGGCAAACCACAGCCCGCAGGCCUGUGUUUUAUGGCCUGCCUCCUAAGAAGAGUUUUUACAUUUUUAAAGGGUUGUAAAAAGCAAAGAGGAGAAGAAUAUGCAACAGACUGUAUUGGACCAGAAAGCCUGAAAUAGUUCCUAUCUGUCCUGUCUGGCUCUUUUCAUAAGAAGUUUGCUGACUCCUUUUCCAGACGCUCUGUUUGCUAACAACCUCUUGGAGUUCGCAGAGGCGGAAGGGGUCCAGUUGGAAAGACAGGGUUCCUCCUUCCGGCUCACUUUCCGGGCCGCCGAACACAGAAGACCCAGUUGCCAUUGUACACAGGGACAGUUCCACACCCUGUCCUCCAAUUGUGGUGCUAGGAUGGGCUACUUCUGUGAUAGGAGGCUUCCUGAGAAACCAGAAUGAGUUGAUGGGGAAGACGGAGGACUCCUCCAAGAGAGGCUGGGACAGGUUUGGCCUCACUCCUAGAGAUGUCACCAGUCAUCAGAGCUUCGGACACAGCUACUUGUCUCCAUCACUCUCUGCACGGCCAGAGGGAACACACCCCCUUAUGGUAGAGUUGAUGUUGUAUGAUUUUUGUGCUCUUUUUUAUAAUUUAUGCAAACCACCCAGAAACCCAAACCAGUCUGUUGAGUGAAAAUCAUGCAGAUGCUAUAUGGCUCCGCAGGCUUCCAUGGUGAGAGGAUCAGUUGGAGAAAAGUAGCAGAUAUUUUGUGAGGGAAAAUGAAUAGAGAUCCUUAUUCCACUCCUUAAUGGCAUACCAAGGUGAAAUUAAAAACCUCUUACAAAUGAGCUGGUGUUUAUUCAGGGGCAGGGGUGAUGGGCUGGGGGUUGGGGGACCAGGAUGUUUUGUCAACAGCGGGGGAAGCUUUGCAUGAAGGGAAAGCGUGACUAAGUGACGACAGCAAAACAGAAGGAGAAAGCGGCUUUUACCCUCCUGCCAAGAUGGACUCAGAGACCUCACUCUAUACAGACACCCCUCCAGAAGGAGGCACUGGCAACACUCCACCCUCACCAGCAAGUUCACUCGAGGCAGAGCAGCUGUGGUACGCAUUGUGGGAGCAUUUACUUGGAAAUCAGAGCAGAGUCACGGGGCAGGAGAAAGAUUCUCCACACAGGACUGAAGGCAGGUGCCUUGCCAGGGACAGGGUCAGAGCAACAGACAGUGUGGCUCCCCGAUAGAGUCUCCCAACAUUCUCAACAAGUUUCAGUGCGAUGUAUGAAUAGGCAAAGAUUAUGCUCAUGGAGGAAAGGAGUCAGGAAACAGUGUGGCUGGAAGACCAGAAGACACACUCAGAGGGGAGGCACCAGCAUGUUCGGUCAGCCGCCUGCAGUUGUUCAGCCCUUCCACCCCUGUCCCUGGCUCAUCCACCCCAUGGUAGAAGCUGGCUCUGCUUCUCACGAGGGCCUGGAAGGAGAGAGAUGUGGGCAGGUGGAACCCACUUAGGAGGCCUCUAUCUCAGACUGACCUCCACUAGGCCAGCCCUGGUUUCAUCUCCAGCUUUCCAGACAGAGCUUAGGGAUGAGACCUUCACCCCUCAUAUGUGCCUACCUGACAACUACUUCUCCUUUAGCGUCAGCCUAGACUUGGCAGACUUCUCAAAGAAGUCUGCAGGGCUGGGUUCAGUACCUGUGUGGAGGAACCGGGCUGAUGCUACCUGCUGUGAUCACUCCUCCCAAUUUUUUAAUAGCUCCAACACAAGAGAAAUUUCUAUUUGUGCUCGCAUGAAAGGCCUGGGAGGGAGUUUGUGUGAGAAGGGCACCUUUCUUCCAUCCAAGAUUUCACUGGGGAAUGGUUGUUUCCGUUCUUCCUUUCUCUCCCCUUCCAGCUGAAAGUGGGUGUGUCUAGAUCCAAAUCCAGCUCGUCCCCUUACUAACUGCGUGGCUUUGGGCAACUUACUUCCCCUUGCUGAGCCUCUGACUGCUCAUCCAAAGGACAGGCGGGGUCCUUGUCACCAGCUACCUCAGAGGGGCGUUGAGGACGAGUGAGAAAACACACGCAAAGCACUUAGCCUUGCACUGGGCCCAUGGUGAGUGCCCCACGUGUUAGCUGCUGUGCCAGGGACCAGACUCUGCACUCGGGGUUUGGUCACUGAUGAAAGGCUUCUGGGAGUCUCAGACCACAUUUGAGGAAGAAGAAGAACACAUCCAGUUUCACUUGAGAGGAAGGCUCCUAGUCAAGCCUCACCGGAGCUCCUUUAAAUCUCAGUGUGGGGGCUUCCCUGGUGGCGCGGUGGUUGGGAGUCCGCCUGCCGAUUCAGGGGACACGGGUUCGUGCCCCAGUCUGGGAGGAUCCCACAUGCCGCGGAGCGGCUGGGCCCGUGAGCCAUGGCCGCUGAGCCUGUGCGUCCGGAGCCUGUGCUCCGCAACGGCAGAGGCCACGACAGUGAGAGGCCCGCAUACCACACACACAAAAAAAAAUCUCAGUGUGGGUCUUCUAUAGCCUGACUUAUGGUUGUCGGGGAGUGGUUUGUUGUUUUGUUUUGUUUUGUUUUUUCGAAGCGUGAGGAUAAAAUUCCAAUUCCAAAGACACAUUAAGAACUCUGACCCCCAAGGAGAAGCAGUCAGGUCAUAGGUGAUUUCUCCAGCCAUCUGUCACCUGGGGCCUUCCUUAGACAUUAGGGCUGAGAAGAGAGCGAGAGCCCAGAGCCACAGGCUGAAUAAAAGAGUUCUGAGUUGACCUAGCAUGAGUGAAAAUGGGAAGAAAGUGGAAUGAAUUUGUCAAUUCCAAACUCAAAGACAAAAUAAAUUUUUAACUGAACCUCCAGUAAAAUCAAAGUACUUCUCUCCUUCUCUCCCCUCUCCCAUCUCCUCACAUACAAAUCCAAAUAUAUUCAGUCAAUCCAAGUUGACCUGCAAACUGACAUGAUUUCACUAGAAUAAAAACCAAGUUAAUACCUUGUUUUCCUGCAUCCCUUUGUUUUCCAUGUUGCAACAUUCUGUUCAAUGACAAAAAGGGGAGAGCUAUCUUUAGGGCUCAAGAAAAAGGCCUUGAGACAUUUAUGCUAAAAAUACAGUCCCUCUACACGUGGAUGAUGUGGACAAUGGGCGAUUCCCUAACCUUGAAGUUUAUGCCAUAUUUGAGUUCCGUAAAUAACCUUGAGCGGGGCUCUGAGCCUGCAUUUCUUCAUCUGUAAAAUAGCGCCAGUGACACUUGCCUGUCUUACAGGUUGGUCACGGUGAGCAUCAAAGGAAGUAAUUACGAAAGCUCUUUGUAGACCACAGUGCUGUACAAACAGGAGGGCUUCUUAAUAUCUUGUCUCAGGAGGCACCUGCAGUUGGACCACUUGGGGAUCAUGGCAUCCAGGGGAGCAGUGCUUCUGCUUGGGUGGAUGCUCCCAGCAGGGAUGGCCCGGAAGGAAAUCAGGGUGAUAUUAUCAGACAGUGAAUGUAGGAUCAGAGUGAGACUAUCUUAUUUCCUCUCUCAGAAGCUGUGGAUUACCUCUGCCACUGCCUGAUGGGCCUUCUCCCCUCCAAGGGUGGAUUCUGGAAGAAAAAAAAAAAAAAAAAACUGGAGUGGCCCAGCCCCUAAUGGAUGGUGCAUUAGCUAAUCUGUCACUAUUUUUAAUCUCCCCCCCUGUCACCCCGUGUGCCUAGGACGGGAAAGAUGGAACCUGCCCCUGAUUUGUGGUGGGAA